GUGUGUAUACGAACAAAAGGCAUUAUUGCUGAAAAUCAACUAUUGGCCAAUUAGAUAAUAUGUACUUGAGUUAGUCCCAGUCGCUAGGCAAACGUAGCGUUUGGGAUCUCGAAACGCGGCUGUAAGGAGGUAAGGUACUGCUCGUCACUUGACGUCACCAUGAAGCACGUGAUGUUGUCCUACCAAUGGGACAUCCAGGAUCUGGUGAAGAAGGUUUAUGAUGGGCUACGUGCCUAUGGUAUUCGCGUAUGGAUGGAUAUUCACGGAGGCAUACGGGGAGAUAUCAACGGAAGUAUGGCAAAAGGUGUGGAUGGUGCCGCUAUUCUUUGCUGCUUUAUGUCAACAAAAUACUCCGAAUCCAAGAACUGCAAGAAGGAGCUGUCAUACGCUGACGGGAAGACUGGGUGCGAGGAAGUCAUAAUAGUUCCAGUCAUGUGCGAGAAAGGCUUCAAAGCAAAGGGCUGGCUUGGUAUAAUCACCGCGGGGCUCCUGUGGAUUGACUUCAGAGAUGAAGCGAAUUUCGAGAACAGUGUAAAAUCCCUCGCGCAAGAGAUAAUGCACGCAGUUGGUGAUUCGAGCGAUAUCACUUUGGCGCCCGACGAGAAACAAGAGGCUGCAAGUAAAUCCGUUGUGAAGCCGACAGCCGAAGUUAAGAAGAACCCGGGACGAGCUUUCAGACACAAGAUCGCUGGCAAAUUCCUAGCCGAGACUGGUCAAGUGAAAUUCCAUCCAGCGAGUGGAAAUCGAAGCACGCUAGCUCUCCGAGAUAAGCCUGAGGAUACGAGCUAUUGGGUGGAGGAACGUAAAUUAGAGGACAAGGAAAUUACAUUCUACAAGAACUAUGCCACUAAUGGCUACUUAGGCUACGAUCCGAACGGCGACUAUAUCUACACAAAGGGGCAGCGUUAUGGCGCCGAGGAAUGGAAGAUCGUGGCGGAUGAGACGUCACAUGACGGCAAGCGAGCUGUUGUCCUCUUUGCAAAUUACGGCAAGAAGUACCUUGCGAUCAGGAAUGGCAAGUUGACAGGUGUCAAUUCAAAGAACGACGACUGCAUCUGGAUUCUGGAAUAACUGAGUUGAAGCUUUAAAGUUUAAAUUUUUCAGCAGAUAUCUUGAAUUGCAAGGAAAAUGUAAGAUUCGUAUUGCGGUUGAAAAUGACUGAUAUAAAAAUAAAAGAAAAAUCUCACAACACAAA